UCGCAAAACAGUUAUAAAUAAAAACAAAACAUCGUGUUUAUUAUAAUGGUUUUCGACUUUAUAAAAUAUUAGGAAAACGAAACUAGCAAAACACAUAACCACAAACUAUUCAAUAUAGAUAAUGUUCAACUCCAGAUUGAUGACUAGUUAUUUCCCUGUUUUAAAAUCCAGGGCCAGUGAAGACUGGAAAACCAUGAGUGCUGAAAAGAAUACAAAACAACGCAGUUUAAGUCUGAAAAGGCCUUUAACUCCUAAAAAGCAGAUAAUACAGAGUAAACAGGAUACGCCGCCAAAGGUGACCGAGAAGUCUGAGUCAGUCCAGGAAGUAGUGGAUCUGAUAAGUGACAGUGAGGAUGAAGGAACGCCACCAAAGAGGCAAAAUGUUACUCUUCCGCGUGAGGCACCGGUGUACAUUGAGGAUGAAGAAGAUCUAGAUCUGUUCCGGACACCUAAAACACGUGACUCUCCUCAGGUAUCACAAAAUACCACUCAAAGUAGCGAUGAUUUCAAACAAACAGUGUCACCAGUGAAUUUAAGUUCACAGUCUGCAGAGAGCAUUGUAUGUAAUGUUUCUCCCAGUGACAUGAUAUGGGUGUCACCUAAAACACCAUCAAAGUCACCCAAGACCCCUUCCAAGUCACCAUCGACUCCAAGUUCCAGACCUAAGUACUUUUCUCCUACCAAGAAACGCAGUAUUACUAAGAAGAGUCCAGUUAAGAGGAAACUGUCUCUCCCAUUCAGUUCAAGUCAGGGAUCAAGCAGUGAAAACAAGCCUGAUGAUAAGACAUUCUUUCUUCUUGAUAUCGUACAGAAGUUUCUUGGGACUGAAAGCCUGAAGUGUUUAUUAGACGAAGAGUCACAGACUCUUUUAAACCAUUUUGUGUUCCUGGAGAAUGUGGGAAUGAGGUUAGUUUGCAGGCUGUACUGGUACCAGCAUCGCUGGUACAAUGCUGAUGAAGUGGUCAAAAUAACUGUUGUUGAUGAUCUACAAGAAAUAAUUAAAAGUUUAGUUGACUGUGGAUUUAUUAUAUUAUCAAAAUCAGAAGGCAAAUCAAUAAUGGAGUUGGAUGAAUAUUUGAAGAUCUUAAAGAAACCAGUAAUUGAUGAGAUAUGUAAAAAGCUAAAGAUUAAAAUUACGAACAAGAAAAGUGCUAUAGAAUCAUUAAAGAGUUUCUGUAAACAGGCACCAAUCAGCAACUUCUUCACAAAAGAAAAAACAACCAACAGGACCAGAGUUAUGGACCUUUUACAAUCAACAGCAGGCAUCUGUUACAAACUGUCUGACUUAGCAAGAACAACACUUAACAGCCUGUAUGUGCUGAUGUAUUUAGGAAUGGACUUCAAUAUAAUAAGGGAGAAGAAACUUGAGCUGAUGUUGUUACACGACAAAACCAAGGCCGAGACUUUCCCUGUUAGUAAAGAUAUGGUGGUCGAUAAUGCAAGUGUUGUGUUCCAGGAUAAAGAUGAAUUUUAUAGGUAUCUGCAGGCCUACAGACUAUAUGAAGACUAUGUGAUAAAGAGCGAUGAAAAUGACGCUAACGAAAGUUGUGCAGCGAUAAUACGACAAGCAUACAAGUUGUACCAAGAGAUUGACGAUAAACAAAUGCAAAGGUAUCAAUCGUUACCGGUUUGGCUGCGUAGAUACACAGCUGCGCUAGCUUACAUAAAAAUUAUGGCGGAUGGAGUCCAGGUUCUGAAGAGGUUGAAUUCCGAUGAGCAUUUAUUUGCCAUCGAAAUUCUCGACUUGUUAAUAAGUCAAACAAAGUUUAGAACUCAUAAGAAAGCGUUAUGGUACGUCGAGAAAUCAUUAAUACUUCAGAGAUAUUUGAAGAACUGCGAAAAGUCAGCAAGGGUCCUGAUCGAAGGAUUCGAGUCAGACAUGCCAGAGCAGUUGAAGGACGCGUUGAGGCCGCGCGCCAGGCUGCUCGCCAACCAGAAGAACAUCGAACUGGACGAGACCCUGCGCGACGACCUGCGGCGGUGGGCCGCCACCCACGAGAUACUGGAGGCCAGUCUGCCCUGUGCGCAUAUCAAGAAACAACCCAUGGAUAAUCUCAACAUGCGAGGAAAACUGAAGUUUAAAGAACACACUCCUAACGGGAAAGCAAUAUUAUCGGUGGAAAAUGCCUGCCUCUUACACUAUAUCAGCAACGGAGAUUUCACGCAUGGUGAGCAUUGGGAAGGCAGCAUAGCGGUAACAAUAUUCACGUUGUUAUUUUUCGACAUCAUCUACACUCCACCGCGCGGCGUCACCGGGGUCUUUCUCACUCCCUACCAGCGAUACCCGUUGGACAUGUUCUGUGAGAGCUUCUAUACUAAUAGGAAGGAGGCUAUAGAUGAGAGGCUCCGCUUCAUAGAGGAGGGAACCUUGGAGGAUGUCCUCGAGAUGAUGAAGAAGUGCUGGGAUGAGAGGCCUGAAAGCGAGUUGUCUGACAUCCGUCGCAAGUCGCAGGGCAUGGAGUGGGAGAGCGUGUCGCAGGUGACGUCGUGCCUGUCUCCGCGCGGGGCGGCCGCUCUCUGCGGGCGACUCGCCAGGAACUACGCCUACUGCCACAGCGGGUUCCCCGACCUCACGCUGUGGAACAUACACACCAACAAGGUAAAGUUUUUGGAAGUGAAGUCGGAUUCGGACAAGCCAUCGAUAAAGCAGUUACAGUGGCUUCAGUACCUACUGGACAACGGGAUCGACGCGGGCUUCUGCUAUGUGGGAGCCAAGACUACGCGCUGCAAGGCGAGAGCUAGCGACCCUGACAACUUACCAUAGAAUAUAAUAACCCUGCUUUUUCUAUUAUUAAAUGAUGCAACGGAUUCAGCACGCGUAUUUAUCGGGAUUUCCUGACUAUAUAGUUUCGGACCC